CUUUAAUAUGUCACAUAUUUUAUAGUAGAUUAUAUUGUCUAUGUUGAUGAUGUGUAGCUUUUUGUGGUGCGGAGGAAAGUAAGUUGAUGCAUCUUAAAGGGGUUUAUUAGCUUUUGAUGCCGUCUCAGGCUUGCAAAAGCUGCAUAUGGAGAUAAUAAGGUUGAGAACUUGCUACUGGUGUAACAUUUUGGGUUGCAAAGUUGCUUCUUUCAACAUAUUUUUGUCUCCCUUUUGGUUCCAAGCAUAAAUCAUUAGCACUAUAGUAGGGAAUAGUAGAGAAGCUUGAGAAAGACUUUCCACAUGGAAACAACAAUAUUUGUCUUUUGGAGGUGCCUUGUACAAUCUUCCCACCUAUAUUGUGUCCUUAUCUCCGUUGCAGAGAAAGUUGGAGAGGCAACUUAAUGGAUUGAAAGAAACUUAUUAUGGGCAGGAAAUAGUUAACAGAAGAAAUUUCACCUAAUUAGUGAGCAUGAUUUGGAUCAUGUAACAAACAACAACAACCCAGUUGAAUCCCACAAGUGGGGUAUGGGGAGGGUAGUGUAUGUGCAAACCUUACCCCUACCUUCAAAAUUGGGAAGCAAUGGAACAGUACCCCAAGAAAAAAAUGUCAAGACUUGGAAAGAAACAGCCUUUUUGAAUAUGUUAAAAAACUGAAAGAGAAGAAAUGGCUGUCUGGAGGAAAAGAUUCUCUAUAAUGGCUGCAAGAGGUAGAAUUCUGUAAGGCCAGAGUACAAAACUUUAUCUGCGAAAAACAAUGAAGAACAUCCUGGAAGCUGAUUUAGAAAGUUAAGUAUCUGCUACAGAGGCGUGUUUUGGAUUUAUCGCUGUUAACACUGCCUAUUUAACACUAGCAAAUUUGCUAUUAAAGCGUUCUGUGCUGCAGAGUAGAUGCUAUUUACAUGAAAAAGAAGAGGAAAGGGGCUGCCACUUAUUCACUGUCCAGUCGUUUCAAAAUAAGAUGAGUUAUCCUGGCAAUAUGUAGAAGCUUUAUGCAGUUAGAGAAGACUGAGGUGCAGAGAUGUAGCAUGAAGCUGUGGAAUUCAAUCCCCUUAUGCAUCAUUUGGGUCCUAUGGAAGAUAUAGCAAGUGGGAAAUCUAUGCUCUUUGCUCCUAGGUUACCGGCUGACUAUGCUGUUUGGAUGGGAGAAAUAAAAUCACUUACUCACUUCCAGGCAAAGUACAAGGUUACCCAGGUCUUCUAUAUUGAUGAGAUUAAGGAAGUUUUGUCUAAUCAGUACCAAGCGAUGGGAACACCGUUGCUAUUUCUCUUGCAUGGGCUUAAUACAGAUAGCAACAAGUACUCUAAACCAGCAGAAUUUCAGGGUAUUAAGAAGUUCCAGACAGAUUUAAACACAUUGCAUCCGAUCGUGACUGAAUGCCGUGUUAUAAAGUCCAACUUAGAACUUGCUCUCAUUCAAUUUGCCAAUGACAUAAGCACUGAAGCUCAUGUUGAGGUUAUGAGGAAAACAAAAGUGGGGAUGAAAGAGUAUCAGUUAGAAAGCAUGUUUCUUCACCACACCUACAUGUAUGGUGGUUGUAGGCAUUGUUCAUACACAUGCAUAUGUGCUACUGGCGACAAUAGUGCUGUACUCCAUUAUGGUCAUGCAGCAGCUCCAAAUGACAAGACAUUGCGAGAGGGAGAUAUGGCUCUUCUUGAUAUGGGAGCUGAAUACCACUUUUAUGGGUCCGACAUAACUUGUUCCUUUCCAGUAAAUGGGAAAUUUACUCGUGACCAGUCACUUGUAUAUACUGCUGUCCUCGACGCUCACGAUGCUGUCAUUUCUGCCAUGAGCCCUGGAGUGAGCUGGGUCGAUAUGCAUAAAUUAGCUGAAAAGAUCAUUUUGGAAUCACUGAAGAAAGGGCACCUACUUGUUGGGGAUGUUGAUAAAAUGAUGACCGAGCGACUUGGUGCUGUUUUCAUGCCUCAUGGGUUGGGGCACCUUCUUGGAAUUGAUACUCAUGAUCCUGGGGGUUACUUGAAGGGAGCUGAAAGACCAAAAGAACCUGGAUUGAGCUCUCUACGUACUAGCAGAAAGCUCUUAGAGGGAAUGGUGAUCACUGUAGAGCCUGGUUGUUACUUCAUUGAUGCCUUACUACUUCCUGCAUUGGAGAGUCCGUCGGUGUCUGAGUUUUUCAAUCAUGGAGAGAUCAACAGAUUUAGAGCUUUUGGUGGAGUCAGAAUUGAAAGUGAUGUGUGUGUUACUGCCAAUGGAUGCAUUAACAUGACCAAAUGUCCCCGGAAGAUUGAAGAGAUCGAGGCAGUGAUGGCAGGAGUUCCUUGGCCAAUCAAAAAGACGACCUUUCCUUCCGGAAAUGGACAAGUGUAAUUCUUUCAAUUACCAUCGGCCUUGUUUUCCUCCGUGUGUGGACCUCUGAAGAAAAUUGCUUCCUUUUAUGGACUAGUGUUCUCGAUGAGCUAAUUGGUGUUAUGUUAGCUUCCUCUGUAUCCAUGAAAUAUUCUCUACAGAUUGCUUUUUCUACAUUAAGUUUUGCAUUUCCCUACACUUGUAUGCCACAUCUGCAUAAUUGACUUGAUCAUUAUGCACUGACAAGUAAUCUAGCAAGUGUAAUGACCAUGGCGGAUGGACAGUCGAGUGUCAAAAAAGCUGCAAUUAGAACUGAA